AUCAAAAUCACAUGACAGUGAGUUGGGCCUUUGGCAUGCUGCAAAACAACAAUUCUUUUGUUUUGAGAGUGGACCCCGUGACAGUGCAAAGUCAAGUAGCUGUGUUUCUGCCUUUGUCAUUUGUGUCUUUCCUUGCGAGUGAGCAACAAGUUCUUUUUCCGUUCUCGUGGUUUUAAAAACCGUGAUUUCAAGAUGAAGACUGCGAUCGCCUUGGUAGUUUUUCUGGCAGCGGUAGUCGCUAACGCAACAAGGAUUCCCUUGUACAAGACAAACAGAGUGAGACACACAUUAUCCGAACAGGGGCUGACUGCGAAACAUUACACAAAGUACCUCACCCCCAGCAAUGGAACAGUCCGCAUUAUUGACUACAUGGAUGCCCAGUAUUAUGGAGCUAUUACCAUCGGAACACCACCUCAGAACUUCAACGUGAUUUUUGACACUGGAAGCUCAAACCUAUGGGUUCCAAGCGCAGACUGCAGUCUGUUUGACAUCGCAUGCAAAACUCAUAAUAAGUAUGAUGAGAAGGCAUCCUCCACCUUCCAGAAGAAUGGAACGGCAUUUUCUAUCCAGUAUGGUACAGGAGCCUGCUCAGGUAUUCUGGACAUUGAUAAUGUUGCGCUUGGGAGUGAGAUUGCCUACAACCAAACCUUCGGUGCGGCCUUGAAGGAGCCCGGAAUCACCUUCAUCGUCGCUAAGUUUGACGGCAUUCUCGGGAUGGGAUAUCCUGAGAUCUCCGUAGACCGAGUGGUUCCCGUGUUUGACACGCUGAUGGCCCAACAUGCGCUCGAUAAGAACGUGUUCUCUUUCUAUCUUAACAGGAAAGAAGGAGCUAAAGUUGGCGGAGAGCUCAUCUUGGGUUCUUCAGAUCCUAAAUACUACACUGGUAACUUCUCGUAUGUACCCGUCUCAAAGAAGGGCUACUGGCAAUUCAACAUGGAUGGGGUGGCUGUCGGAGAGGGAAAAACUCCUCUUGGCAAGUUCUGCAAUGGUGGUUGCGAGGCAAUCUGCGACACUGGCACCUCUCUCUUGGCCGGACCAACAGCCGAAGUGGAAAAGAUUCAAACUUUGAUUGGAGCUGCGCCUCUCGUCAAAGGAGAAUAUCUUGUAAGCUGUGAUAAGAUCCCAACCAUGCCCAACAUUGUCUUCACCCUCAAUGGUAAAGACUUUGUCCUGACACCAGAGGACUACGUCUUGAAGGAAACCACGAUGGGAGAGACACUCUGCCUGAGUGGAUUCAUCGGAAUGGACGUCCCUAAACCCCUGGGCCCGCUUUGGAUCCUCGGCGACAUCUUCAUCGGCAAAUACUACUCCGAGUUUGAUCGAGUGAACAACCGUGUAGGGUUCGCUGAUGCCGUCAAGGGUGUAGAAAUCAAGGGGGAGUAUUAAGAACCCUGGUUUUAUAAAUGACAGGUUUUUCUUGGGGUGGUUGGGGAGAAAAAAACGUAGAUGGAUCAAGUUGACCACUUGUUUAGCCCUUUCCGAGGACAAAACUCAGGUUAAAAAAAAUAAUUGGUGGAAGAUGCCAUUGAUGAGUGAAUAGUGGUCACUGAGUGCAGUGGAUGGAAUGAACUUUUUGAGAAAUGGGGGUGGGGGUGCACUUAGUGGUCACUUUGAUUCAUUGGUUUUUUGUUCAGAUAUGCAAAUUUUACAUUUUUGUGUAAUGUGAAGAAGCAAAUUCACCAAUGUUUAUUGCGAUUGCUACAAUUUAUUUAAGCUUGAUAGUGAUGUAAACAUGCUCAAAGGUUUUCAAUAUUAUGAUUGUAACCACCAAAUUUGAUGAAAUUGUCACAUUUUUUGUUGUGAUUAAAAUGAAUUAUGCUUACAUGAAUACAGUCAUCAACCAAAAUGCCAUUUCUCAAAACAGUUUGUGACUGGAAGCCUGCUAAUGUUUGCUGAGCAGAAAUUUGCUAAGCAUUAUUUUUUCCUUAAGCAAUUUAGUCCAAGGCUUUUUUCCACUCAUUGGCUUUUACUCUGCUAAAA